AUGAAUGAUUUCACUAGUUGCUCAGCAAAGAAAAAGUACUCGUGUGACGUUUGUAAUAAAUCCUUUACUUAUAAAAGCAGCUUGACUACACACCAGCUGACGCAUACGAAGAAGAAACUUUACCCGUGUGAUGUCUGCUUCAAGUCAUUCAGUCAAAGUGGCCAUCUGACAACACAUCGACGGACACACACAGGCGAGAAACCAUACAUAUGUGAUGUAUGCGUAAAAUCAUUCAAUGAAAGUGGCACAUUAAGGAAACAUCGACGUACCCACACAGGAGAGAAACCAUACGCCUGCGAUGUAUGUGAGCUGUCGUUCAGUCAAAGUGGGACAUUGACCUGUCAUCGACGAACCCACACGGGUGAUAAAUCAUUUGCGUGCGAUAUAUGUGACAAGUCGUUUGCUGAAAGUAGCUCACUGACGAGUCAUCGACGAACCCACACGGGCGAGAAACCAUACGCGUGCGAUGUAUGCGACAUGUCCUUCAGUCAAAGUUGCAAUUUGACAACACAUCGACGGACCCACACGGGUGAUAAACCAUACAUAUGCGAUGUUUGCGAAAAAUCAUUUGCUAAAGUGUGUACAUUGAAAACACAUCGUCAGACCCACACGGGCGAGAAACCAUACGCGUGCGAUGUAUGCGACAUGUCUUUCAGCCAAAGUGGCUCAUUGACGAGUCAUCGACGGACCCACACAGGAGAGAAACCAUUUGCUUGCGAUAUAUGUGACAAGUCGUUUGCUGAAAGUAGUUCACUGACGAGUCAUCGACGAACCCACACAGGAGAGAUACCAUUUGCAUGCGAUAUAUGUCACAAGUCGUUUGCUGUAAGUAGUUCAUUGACGAGUCAUCGACGGACCCACACGGGCGAGAAACCAUACGCGUGCGAUGUAUGCGACAUGUCUUUCAGUCAAAGUUGCAAUUUGACAACACAUCGACGAACCCACACGGGUGAUAAACCAUACAACUGCGAUGUAUGUGAUAAAUCAUUCAGUAAAAGUGGGACAUUGACGAGUCAUCGUCGGACCCACACGGGUGAUAAACCAUACAUAUGCGAUAUAUGCGAUAAAUCAUUUAGUGAAUGUGGCACAUUGAAGAAACAUCAACGUACCCACACAGGAGAGAAACCAUAUGCGUGUGAUGUAUGCGAAAAAUCAUUCAGUGAAAGUGGCACAUUGGAGAAACAUCGACGUACCCACACAGGAGAGAAACCAUAUGCGUGCGAUGUAUGCGAUAAAUCAUUUAGUCAAAGUUGCAAUUUGACAACACAUCGACGGACCCACACGGGCGAGAAACCAUAUAUAUGUGAUGUAUGUGAUAAAUCAUUCAGUCAAAGUAGCUCAUUGACGAGUCAUCGACGGACCCACACGGGCGAGAAACCAUACGCGUGCGAUGUAUGUGAUAAGUCAUUCAGUAAAAGUGGGACAUUGACGAGUCAUCGACAGACCCACACAGGAGAGAAACCAUUUGCUUGCGAUAAAUGUGACAAGUCGUUUGCUGAAAGUAGUUCAUUGACGAGUCAUCGACGGAUUCACACAGGAGAGAAACGAUACGCGUGCGAUGUAUGCGACAUGUCUUUCAAUCAAAGUUGCAAUUUGACAACACAUCGACGGACCCACACAGGAGAAUUCUGACUUCUGAGAUUUUAUACCGGAUAAGGACAUUUCUAAUUUUUCCUAACUAAUUUUUGAACCCGCUUUAGUGUUAAUAGCAGUGUUUGUAUUUAAAGAAAUAUAAUUUAUAGUUUUUGUAAUGUGCGAGUCAACAACAAGUACUUCAUAAGAAAUGUCUUAAAUAGACACUGAAACAUAGCCUACAAUGAAUUUCAAUCGUUGAAUUUCGACAGAGUUUAAGUCAAAAGUUUGCAGAAACAACAGACUAACAUCAAAUUUAUGCCACACGUCACCGUCUACGACUUGGAAAACUUAGAAUGUCCUCAGAUUUGUCAAUCGAACG